UUGACCCACAUUACGUAUCUGCUGUAUUUGACCCAUAUCUAAGGUCUCGUGCGCCGCGGUUAGCUCGUGCAUUGUUACUCCGGUUCCGGUACCGGUCCACAGUGAUUGACACGGCUUCUGUCCAAUCGGCUCUGAAGGCAGUAACGCAAGGACCAAUCAGAGAAGAGGGAAGGGGCGGUGCUUUGUUUGCAAGGUGAUUAGGGUUGUGCAGAGUAUCCUGUUUGAUUGAAUACCUGUGAGUGGUGGGUGGGCACCAUGCCGCACAGGACGCUCCACCUGUUCCGGAAGGGUCUCCGCCUUCAUGAUAACCCCACCCUGCUGGGGGCUCUGGAGUCCUCUGCGGUGGUUUACCCGGUGUACGUGCUGGACCGGGCGUUUGAGGAGGGGGGGAUGCGGGUGGGGGUCCUGCGGUGGCGUUUUCUCCUGCAGAGUCUGCAGGACCUGCACGCCCGCCUCCGGGCGGUGGGUUCCCGGCUGUUCGUGGUGCGGGGGUCUCACAGGGCCGUCCUGGGCGAGCUGGUGGGCCGCUGGGGGAUCACUCAGAUCAGCUUUGAUUCAGAGAUGGAGCCGCACCACACUGCUCUGCAGCGGGAGCUGGGAGAGAUGGCGGAGGAGCUGGGGCUGAGUGUGUACACCCGCCUCUCACACACACUGUACGAUCUCAGCAGGAUUAUAGAGGCUAAUGGUGGAGAACCUCCUUUAACGUAUAAAAAGUUUUUGCGAGUUCUCUCAGCCAUCGGAGAACCAGAGAAACCGGUCAGAGACAUCACUGCUGAGGACUUUCAGCGGUGUAAUACUCCAGGUGAAGCAGACUGUGAGCGGUACGCUGUGCCGUCUCUGUGUGAUCUGGGGUUGGAUGGUCCUGAUGAGUCUCAGGAGGAGGUUCUGUGGCCUGGAGGAGAAACCCAAGCCCUGCAGAGGCUGAACAAACACCUGGAGAGCCAGGGUUGGCUGGAGAAUGCUAAGACUCAGACGGUUAUGAACUCUCUCUGGCCGAACACCACGGGGCUCAGUCCCUACCUCAGCCUCGGCUGCCUGUCAGUCCGAACGUUCUACCACACACUCGGCAAAGUGUACGCACAGGCGAAAAAUCACUCCCUGCCACCGGUGGCGCUGCAGGGUCAGGUGCUUUGGAGGGAGUUUUUCUACACCGCUGCCUCGGCUACGCAAAACUUCACCCGCAUGGAGGGAAAUCCAAUCUGUUUACAGAUCCACUGGUACGACGACCAGGAUGCCCUGGAGAAGUGGAGGACAGCUCGAACCGGGUUCCCCUGGAUCGACGCCAUCAUGACCCAGCUGAGACAGGAGGGCUGGAUCCACCACCUCUCCCGACACGCUGUGGCCUGCUUCCUCACCCGCGGAGACCUGUGGAUCAGCUGGGAGGAGGGCAUGAAGGUGUUUGAGGAGUACCUGUUGGAUGCUGAUUACAGUAUAAAUGCAGGGAACUGGAUGUGGCUCUCUGCAAGUGCCUUCUUCCACCAGUACAACCGAAUAUUCUGCCCAGUCCGCUUCGGCCGUCGCGCUGACCCAGAGGGACACUACAUAAGGAAGUACCUGCCUGUGUUAAGGAGCUUCCCAUCCAGGUAUAUCUAUGAGCCAUGGACCGCUCCAGAAGAAGUACAGCUACAGGCUGGCUGCAUUAUUGGUAAGGACUAUCCUCUGCCGAUGGUGUGCCAUGCGGAGGUCAGUGAGAGAAACUUGGCUCUGAUGAAGGAAGUUCGCAGCAGCCAGGAGAACACUACCAAACUCACACGAGAUGCGGUGGAGGAGUCAGUAGACGUGUGUGUGAAGCGAGAGCUGGGGGCGGAGUCUGAAGAACAUCAAAGCUCCGCCUCUAAACGCUUCAGCUCCGACCCCCAGGCCCGCCCCUGCAGCUGGGGGCCAGAAGCCCCACGUCUGCCAGAGAUUACAGGACAGGCUGUGUGACUCUGCCCCAGGACGCUGCUGGUCCGGUACUGACCCGAGACCAGCUGAACAGAACUACACGAACCUUAAGGGACGGCUUCGCCUUGAUCUCUGUAUAAACGAGCGUCUGGAAUGGGAGUGUCUGGAACAAUGAAUGUAACUUUAAAUGAGUGCAAUUUACGAUACAUUUGUGUGUCAGCUGUGUGAAAAUAAGCCCCGCCCACUGGAUGCUUAUUUACAUACAUUCUUUACUUGAAUCGUAUAACUACCUUCACUUCAGCUCAGCUUCAUGCAGUAACCAAAUGCCCCUCUGAGGUGGAGUCUGAGGUUCUCUACUAACCUGAGGGGAGAUAAACAGCUUUAAGAUCGAUACUAAAAUAAAGAAGUCUUCCACUUUUUACACUCUUUAUCUGUAGCAUUUAUACAACGCCUUCUUUUACCCUGUUCCAGCAUUAUUAGGCUGCAUGUAAACGUAGCCAUUGCGGUGUUUAAAAAUUCCAGCAGCACUGCUGUAUCUGAUUGACUUGUACCUUCUGCACAAAACACACUAACACUUCAUACACCACGACCAUGCUAAUCAGUGCUAAUCACUGCAGUGCUGAGAAUAAUAACCACCCAAAUAAUAAUAAUAAUAAUAGCUGUGCGGUGUGGGUUUUGAGUACAGGGUAAAAGAAGGAGGAUAAUAAACUAUGCAGACAAACAGAUACAGAACUACAGUCUGUUCUUAUACUAAACUACAAAGUGUCAUAUAUGAUCAGUGGAGCUGAUAAGACAUAAGAUGUGAUGAUUAAUGUGUGUAAAAAAAAAAAAAACGAGGUGGCCAAGUCAUUGCUGUCAUGCAAAAACCUUAAAUCUCAAUUUUUACAUUUUUUUUUUUAUGUAAUAGUUGCAUAUAAUAUUAAAUGCUUCACAAUUUACACAGACUUCCAUUAAAAAGUCUUAAAUGUAAAGUUGCAGUUCUUGGACAGCAGACAGGGAUUAUGCCUGGUCUUGAACUACACCGCAUUCUGAAUAGGAAAAUACAACUAGAUUUAAUCCCUGUUCCUUAUGGGAAACUGACCCAUAGGGUUUAAGAGACAGCGAUAAUACACUGCAUGUUCAUGCUUGGGAAAGCUUCCAUUUAUUCAGGUCUUAUUAUAUAUGUGGUUUUAUGCAACAUACCAAAUAAACCAGCUUAAAUCA